AUGGUGAUGAAUGUAUAUGAGAUUAAUAUUAAGAGGGCACUGAGCAAAAAGGAGAUUGAGCUUAGACUGCUAGAGGAGGGUAAUACCCAUAAUGCAGCACCUGCUCGCAGAUCUGUGGCAACAUGGAUAUCAAUGGAGUUGGCAAUUGAAGAGGCUCAAAUUGCAUUGCUCAUUGAGCAAUGCAAUCAUCUCCAAGGCCAGAUAGAUGGAUUCACUCAGUCUGCUCUUACGCAUCUGGGAGAGGGAUUUGAUGCAGACAACGAUCCUGAUGACUUGAAUGUAGAUAUUCUCAAUGAUCUUGAUGAUGACCUGGCAGAUUUCACCAACACAUCUGAUACAUGGGCAAACUCCCCUGAGCUCACUGUCAUCCCAUUGCCAUCAAACCUUGGGGUAGAUCAAUGUAGACACUGUAUGGCAGAGGAUCUGAUUCCACUGGAGAUGUCACUUCAUGAAGGGCAGGCCAAUGAUGUCCUUCACAACCUCUGA